GCCGCUGGUUCCGGGCCGUUCUCCAGGACUAUUCCAGCUCUCUCCGCGAAGCCGCAGCCGGUGCCCGGCGCCGCCCGCUGCUGUCGGCGGCGGCUCUGCUGGCCCUGGGGCUGGGGGCCGGGCUGGCGAGCUCCGUCCCGGACCGGGACUCGCUGGAGAGCGCGGCCGUGGCGGCGGCGGCGGCGCUGGGGAAGCUCCCGGAGGCUUCGCGGAGCCCCCGAGCCGAACGCCACGUCCUGAGGCUGCUGAAGCUGCGGGAGCGGGGCCGGCUCCGCGUCCUCAACCUGGGGGUCGUGGCCGUGGCCGGGGCCGACCCCCACGGCGGGGACCCCGCGCUGUACUCGGCGCGGUGCCCGCACCUCCGGCCGCGGCUGUGGCAGCUCGGGGCGCCGCUGGAUGUGGGGUUUUGGGGGCGCUGGUGGCUGCUGGAGGAGGCGCUGAGGGACGGCGACAUCAACGAGGAGGAGUUCGGGCACCUCCCGGAGCGGCUGCGGCGCCUGGAGCCCCGGGAGCUGCGCUCCGAGAGGAACGAGAGGCUCCACAGCGAGAGGCUGCGCGCCGUGGUGCUGAGCGAGGAGGAGAUGCGGGACUGAGGGGGUGGGAUCCUCACGGGAUCCUCCGGGGAUCCUCAGGGGAUCCUCACGGGAUCCUCACAGGAUCCUCACAGGAUGCUCAAGGGAUGCUCCGGGGCUGAGAUGGAUGGGAUCCUCACGGGAUCCUCACGGGAUCCUCAGGGGAUCCUCA